ACAUGUUUCAAGAUGACACAAUCUUGUUGCUAUAGUCAUUCAUCUAAGGGAACUCCCACAGGGUAAGGCAUAAAACUGCUUAGAGAAAGAUAAGAAGCUGCUCAGUGAGUGCUAGUCAGUCAAACGUUGCAUUAGAUCCCUAACAGAUGUCAACAUGAGCUCCAGUCAAGGUCCCUUCCAGUUCUCUUCUGGAUCCCUCAGGAGUACUGCAAAGUGCAACUUGGCCCAUAUAGAAAGUUUCUAUAGACCUUCAAGUACAGGUGCUGGGGUCAGCAGCAUGCAUGCCUCCCUCUUCUCUACCCGACCCCCUGGAGUGGGGGCAUCUUGGGGAAGUACUGUUGCGAGCCAUGGAGAUAGCAUUUUCCUGGGUGGGAAUGAGAAGCAGAUGAUGCAGAACCUGAAUGACCGUUUGGCUGCCUAUCUGGACAAAGUACGUUCUCUGGAAGCAGCCAAUGCUCAGCUUGAAAGCUGCAUCAUGGAAUGGCACAAGAAAAGAUCUCAUGGAAAGAGGUAUGACUUCAAUCAGUUUGAGCAAAGCAUCGCUGACAUGCAAGGACAGAUUCAGGAUGGCAAAAUCAACAAUGCCAGUGUUCUUCUGCAGAUUGAUAAUGCUAAACUAGCAUCUGAAGAAUUCAGACUCAAGUAUGAAGCAGAAAAAUACCAAAGGGAAGGAGUGCAAUUUGACAUUGAAAACUUGCGUAAGGAACUUGACAACCUGACCAUUGUUACAACAGAUCUGGAAAUGGAAAUUGAAGGUUUGAGGGAAGAGCACAUACUCAGGAAGAAAGACCACGAGGCGGAUAUGCACGAACAACGUUCAACCAAGGAUGUCAACGUCAAUGUGAAGGUGAAAGCAACACCACCAGAAGAUUUGACCAAGAUUCUAGCAGGGAUAAGAGAGGAUUAUGAAGCCAUUAUUGAAAAGAACCUCCGAGGCCUUGAUGUCUGGUACAAAGAGCAGACUUCAGCAGCAUCCCUGGCAGUGACCAACAGCCCAGAACAACUACAGAACAAUGACAAAGAGAUCAAGAACCUGAAGCGCAAUUUCCAGGCCCUGGAGAUUGAGCUGCAGGCACAGUUAAGCAAGAAACAUGCCCUGGAAAAUACCUUGUCUGAGACCCGAGCUCACUAUGCCUCUAGGCUGCAGAAUAUACAAGAGUUCAUCUCCAAAUGUGAGGAAGAACUGAGUGAGCUCCGUCAUGAUGUCAGGUGCCAAAGCAACAAGUACAAGGUUCUUCUUGGGAUCAAAACCCGCCUGGAGAGAGAGAUUUCCACUUACCAGCUGCUGUUGGAGGGAAGGACUGAUGAGAUAACAAGGAACUUUGAAUCAAGUGCUAAAGAACACACUGCAUCGACUGACCACAGGCUGAAGACAGUUGUGCAAGACAGCGUGGAUGGACAGGUGGUGUCCACCACCAUACAUGAGAUCCACCAGCAGGAAUAAAGCAACAUAUUACUUGCUGGCUCUGCCAAGCCCAGAUAUGUGACAUGGGACAAGUUCUGUCACUGCUUUAUGUCUCAAUUUCUCCAUCUGUAAAAUGGGGAUGAGUCUGACCUCCUUUGUUAAGUGCUUUGAGAUCUAUUGAGGAUCUCAGUAAGAUCUUUGUAAAAGCUAGGUGUCAUUAUUGCUGUUAUUAGUUUGAAGAAAAAUUCUUCUAACCAUUAAGACAUGAAGGACAAGCCAUUCAAUGAAAAUGAUCAAGCCAUGUAGCUAAUGUAUGUAUUAUACAUGUCUCACUAGUGCUAUGAAUCUGCUGAUCUCCAUCUGCAAUUCACUAAUUUCUUUCUGAACUAAUGAUAAUUUAAAGUUAAUCAUUUCCCAACUUUUGUGCCAAAUUCAGGUACUUUGUAUUUCUUCCUAUUGUAAACGCAAUGUCUCUAAGAUAAACUUGUUUCAAUUACUUUUGUUAGUAGUUGGGGGGGGGGGGGUAUAGAAAAACCCAGAAUUCAGAAGCCUUUUUGUAUUUAAAAUCACUGACAGACUCAAGAGACAUGAAGAUCUUAAGUUUCUUGAACCUGGAUCAGCAUAAAAAUCCCCAAAAAGGAGUGACAAGGUCACAAAGUGCUAUAAGUGCUUUUUACCUUAAAAAGGCCCACCUGGUAUUUUCUGUGCAUAGCUUUUUUAAUAUCAGGGUUUUAAACAGCAUUGCUUUUAGCAUUGUUUUAAAUUAUAUUGGAUAAAAUGCCCAUUCUGGAAAUGCUUGUUUUCUUCUCCAAGCUUCUGCAACAGGCACCUGCCUCUUAAAAUGUUCCUUUCAUCAGUUGCUAUUAUUAUUAUUAUUAGAGAUGGUAAUUUGUCCAGUGAUUUUCUUCACCUGCCCAUUCCUAAAUUUUCUCUGUGAUCCAAUUAACCAUCAUUUGACAGGUUCCUUGAAACAGUUUCUCAUAUCUCCCAUUGAUGGUGUUGAAUAACAGAGAUAAAGAUGUUAGGCCCCAGCUCAAGUCUGGGUUCGUGCCCGGUAUGCAAAGGCCAAUAAAGAUACCAGGGGUGAAAGUAUAAAAAAGAUUUAUUGCUAGCAAUAAAAAGGUGCAAGCGGAAUAAAUUCACAGAACAAAAACACUAGAUUUCAAUUCUAAGCCCCUUUUAUACAGGAGUUUUUAACCUUCAUAAGCAUCCUUGUUUGCUAAUUGGCUAUAAAGGAGUGACGCAAGGAGUUCUUUACUGAGCAUGUCUCUAUACCUGUGUUUUAGCUAUGUAUCUCAUUAAAAUACAUGCAUGUUUCAUUAGCAUAUCUUUUGUCCACCUAGGGGUGUGAUUUUUAGUAUUUUAAUGAGCUCUUUAACCUAGUACUCUGAUUCUGCUUUUGUUUUCAAACCUCCUUUAUCUAAGACUGUCUCCUCUUUAUCAUUGCAGAUGGGCAUUCGUCACAUAACAUUCACUUUUGCUUAGGCUAUGCAUAGUAGUUUCUAGGUCAAACCUCACAAAGAGACAGACAAAAAAAUGCAAUAAGUACUGAGGGGCCAGAGCAUGUAUCCUGUGAGGAUCAGAUUUGGUGCAGGGGAGCUCAUAAAUAAGAUGGUUGGUUUUUCUCAGUUUAAACAUUUUUUCAUGCAAAAAAAAUUUGGUCAAAACAAUUUUUUAUGGGACAUGUUUGAUUUCAUUGACUAUUGGAGGUAAGGCAGGGGUUCAUUAAAAAUAGAUGAACACUGAACACUUUAGGAGUUUCAGAUGCCAAAAGUUGAGUACUUUUAGUUUCAAGUGUUUUGUGUUUUCAAAAAAAUGUAAAAAAUGUUUAAAAAGGGGCGUUUGAUUAAAACAAUGUUUAUUAUAAUCAACAUUUUUUACAAGAAAAAAAGUCCUGACCUACUCUAAUAAUAAUGAGAAAAAGGGUCUGAUGAGCUAUCUUAAUUGUCACUGAAGUCAAGGAAAGCUUUGGUAUGCCUGAAAAACAAACUCACAGUCACUGUAGCUAACAUCUCUCCACACAACACAUCAGCAUAUUACCAUAGUCAUAAGAGGUCAUCUCAGCAGUAAUGGAACAAGUGGCAAUGAAGUGCAAUGAUAAGUGUAGAAUCAGGGAAACAGAAUCAACAAGAGUGGCUAUUCAAGCUGGGGCGACAGGAAAAUGGAUUAAAGGAAGCAAGGCAACACGGAGCAUAAUAGGUUUUUAUGUGUGACAUACUCCUCAGUAAACAUCUAUAUCAGACAAAAACAUUUUCUUUUGGUCAGUUUCAUGUCAAAACUGAAAUUGGACUAGGACAGAAAUUGUAAGUCAUUUGUACCAGCUGGUCCUCACUUCAAAUGGGCUUGCGUAUACAUUUUGUCACUUGGCUUGCACUGAAACAGGGUUUACAGAAGGUGAAAACUUCAGCAACUCAUGAAAAACGCAUUUCUAAAAUAAACAAAUUCCAGCCCUA